AUGGACAACACAAACCAGUCAAUUGUCACUCAAUUCAUCAUCGUAGGCUUCCCGGAACUCAGCGGAAUGCAAGGAUCUCUCUUUGUGCUGCUGGGUAUUAUUUACAUGUUUACAAUCAGUGGGAACCUCACAAUCAUCACUUUGAUCUGCACUCAUCGUCAUCUUCAAGUUCCCCUCUACAUCUUUGUCGCCACUCUUUCCUUUCUCGAGAUAUGGUACACAACGGUGACAAUUCCCAAAAUGCUUGUUAAUCUGAUGAAUCACAAAACUAUCUCAUAUAUCGGGUGUCUUCUGCAAGUCUAUUUCCUGCAUGUUCUAGGUAUUACUGAGACAUACCUUCUAACAGCAAUGGCCUAUGAUCGGUAUGUGGCCAUCUGCAAUCCCUUGAGGUAUCCAUCCAUAAUGACCAACACAUGUUGUUUCCAGUUUGUUGCUAGCUGUUGGGUUCUAGGUUUCUUUGGUCCUUUAACUCAAAUCAUCUUACUUGCCCGGCUCCCUUUUUGUCAUUCAAACAGGAUAGAGCAUAUAUUUUGUGACUUUACCCCACUGAUGAACUUAGCAUGUGCUGACCCAUCACUCAAUGUCAACGUUGACUUCUUCAUCAACACAUUCCUUCUCUUUUUUGCCUUCUUCUGCAUCAUCCUGUCCUAUAUCAAGAUAAUCAUAGCUGUAUUAAAGAUAAGCACAACCGAGGGACGGAAAAAAGCCUUUUCCACUUGUGGUGCUCAUCUUACCGUUGUUUUCCUUUUCUUUGGCAGUGUGGCCUUUGUGUAUAUCAGACUAACGAAGCAUUAUCCCAUAAACUAUUAUAGGGUGAUGGCUGUGGUUUACUCCGUAUUGACGCCAAUGUGCAACCCAAUCAUAUAUAGCCUACGAAACAGAGAAAUUAGGGAAAUUCUGGUAAAAAAACUGUCAAUAUCACCUAACUCAAAAUAAUGGGUUUUGUAGUAAGAGGUACAAAAAGUUUAUUUUUACAAUGACAUAUUUUAAUAAAUUUCUUCUGAAUGUG